AUGCAUGAAGGAGGAAAAAAGAUAAAAAUCAAUGGAGAUAGCGUAGAUGAUGCGCAGCGGGAAGAAUGGAUGCACCAACAACUAACACUGAAAUCCCGUUUGAUUGAGACCGAUGAUAUUUCCUUCUCCACUGAUAACGAUUUCAGUGGAUUACGCUAUAUUGGUGGCGUUGAUUUGAGUUUUGUGAAAGAUAACAACAAUGAUGCAAUCGCGUCCUUGGUGGUCCUUGCAUAUCCAGCCUUGGAGGUAUCACUUGACCACCCCUACAUUGCAGGUUUCCUGGCCUUCCGCGAAGUAGCUCCCCUUCUCUCUCUUAUAACAUCCCUACAAUCCAAACAACCCUCAAUAUUUCCCCAAUUCAUUAUCGUCGAUGGCAAUGGUACACUCCAUCCUCGUCAGUUUGGUCUCGCCUGCCAUCUCGGUGUGUUGGCCAACGUUCCAACAAUAGGAGUAGGGAAAAACUUUCUGCAGAUUGAUGAUGGUGUGGAACUAAGCAUGUCACACGUGAAGAAAGUCACCAGAGAUGUGUUGAAGAAAGGCGGAGAUGUCUAUUAUUUGAAAGGACAGUCAGGAACUGUCUAUGGUGCGGCCGUCCGUAGUUUGGAUACCACUACAAAUCCAAUAUUCGUAUCUGUUGGACAUCGCAUUAGUCUUGACACUGCAAUAAGAUUGGUACUAAGAUGCUGCAAAUAUCGUAUUCCCGAACCGACACGGCAGGCUGAUAUUUGCUCACGAGAAUUUAUUAGAACACAAGGAGAUCUCGAGAAGGGACAAUCAAGCAGUUGA